CCACAGCCACCCCCAGUCUCCCCUCUUCAAGGUGGGCACAGUGAGGUAGCCGUUCUUCUUUGGAGCCUCUAGCGAGCGGCAUUUCGUGACGCUUCCCAUCCCCGGGCCGUCCGCGGUCACGGUGCCGCCAUGGGUUGCGGUGCGUCAGGAAUGGAGAAAAAGGUGUGUGUGGGCAUGACCGACACUGCGUGCUCUGUUAUCGCAUCGGGCGCCAUCGUCGUGUUCUGGUGCUCUCACCAUUCUGCAGCUGGUCUUCAGCAAGAACGAGUUGAUGAGGUUGGCGGCGCCUGAGACGCAUUGUGAGCUUAUGAGGCACCAGCCCCCGCUCGUGUGUGUGUGAAUGGAUGGAUAUUUGUGCCUUCUUCAGUCACGCUUGAGGAGGUUCAAGUCAUCUACCGAGGUAACAAACGCUGACAAACGGAUCCGGACGGACAUCUCUCUCUCGUGUCUUGAUGCCCGUUGCCUCUCCUUUGCUCAUGAUGAAUUAAGAGUUCAGACGGCAGGCAGGUCACCGAAAGCCCAUGAUAGGCGGGCUCAACCCGGUGCAGUUCCUCAAUCUCUUUGACCUGGCCAACGCCGUCUCGUACACGUUUGCGGAGCGGUUCAUCUACCUCUUCUGGCGGCAUCGCACUCAGGGGGUCAUCGACAUCGGCUUCGAGGAGUUCAUACGCGUGUUCUCCGUCUGGACGAGAGGUGGGCAGGGAGGGCCACUGUGCCUCUCUAGGGGUUUCUUGAUGUGAUUGAUGGGCGUAUUGUUGUGUGUUGUGUGUGGUGUGUGGUGUGGCAGGGUCGCCGUCGGAGAGGCUUGGGUGUAAGGAAACGAAGGCAAACAGAGGGAGGGAGAGGGAUGGGUGUGGGCAAGGUUCUGCUCUUUUCUCUGGUCUGGCUGGCUGACUGGUUGGCUUGUGUUGGUUUAGUGGUAUUUCGCUUGUACGACAAGCAUGAGAAGGGGUAUUUGCUAAAGCAAGACAUUAUCGACUUCCUCCAGUCACUCUUCGAGGGCUACCAACAGGUCAGCCUAGCAUACCACACAAACACACAGACACAGACACAGACACACACAUGACAGUGACACGCACUGCACUCAUGGGGAUGUGUCUGUGUGCAUGUGUGUGUGUGCAUCUAUAUGGUUCUCCUCAGUCGAACAUUUUGACGUACGAGAAGACUUCACCGGAGUUCAAGGCACAGUAAGCACACAGACCACAAGAAGGACGGCCACUCACCGACCCUGUUGACCCCCUCUCAGAGUUGAGUUGCAGGCAUACGACCGCGAGACACUGGCAAGGUGAUUGAACAUACUUCUUCUAUGUCUCGUCCGCCCCGCCAUGUUGGCCAUGUGUGGAUGCAUCAGGGAGAGCCACCUGCUUUUUGAUCGCAUAGCCACGGACGCCAUCAGGGCCUUCCACACACGCGACGAUGCUGAGCUGCUCUGGGUGGACGGUCAGCCUGCACAAGACACCACAAGACAGAACACGCCUAUCUGUGUGUGUCUCUGUGUUUGCGGCCAUUAUACAGAGUUCCAUGCAUGGCUGGUCAACCAGCCUGGGAUUCUGCACUUCCUCUGCAUCCCCAACGAUGUCAACCACUGGCUGGACGGCGGGGAGCGGCCAAAACCCAAACCUGUCCCACAGAUGGGCGUGUACUACGGCUUCACCAGACUGCCCUCGCUCCGCAAACCGCCACCAGCAAACAUGUCUCAAAACGUACGUGUGUGUGUGUGUGUGUGUGUGUGGUUGUGGUUGAGAGAGGGGAGGAGGGAGGAGGGAGGUGUGCGAUGUGUACCUCUCUUUCACAUGUAUGCAUGUGUGUGUGCUGAUUGAUAUGAUCAGGGAGGCGGAAAGAGGCCGGCGCCCAUUGCGGAUGGUAGCUCUGGCACACCCAGCAGGACACACUCGGAGAUAUGAUGGAUCAGAGAGAUAGGGAGCGGGAGCAUCGUGUGUGUCGAUGCACUUGUACACGAGACGGACACGCAUUCACUCACUCACUGACACACAGAUAGAUAGAUAGAUGGAUGGAUGGACUGCCCCACACCAUUCAUGUCACAGAUAGGAUAGAGGGAUGCACUCAUCCAGGUAGUCAGUCACAUGCACACGAUACAUGGAUGGGCGGACACUCGCUGCAUGCUUUCCUCUGAAUGCGAUAAACCAUUGGUCU